AGAAUGAUGCGCAGUUGCAUUUGUGUACAUUGAAAGUUAGCAAUGGAAGUGUCAAAUUGUAUUUGGAACAAAUAAUGUUUUGAAACUUGGAUAAUCAAGAAAAUGGGGGAUAAGGCUAACAGCAACAAUCGACAGAGGGCUUCCAUUAUGCCCCAUAGAAAGCUUAGGAGUGAUUUUGAUGGGAAAAUAGCAGGAUUGUACGAUCUUGAAGAGACGAUCGGUGAAGGCCAUUUUGCAGUUGUGAAGCUAGCUAGACAUGUAUUUACGGGUGAAAAAGUAGCAGUUAAAGUGAUUGAUAAAACCAAACUAGAUGAUAUUUCAAAAGCUCAUUUAUUUCAAGAAGUUCGCUGCAUGAAAUUAGUGCAACAUCCAAAUGUAGUACGAUUGUAUGAAGUUAUUGAUACACAGACUAAGUUGUAUCUGAUUCUGGAACUUGGGGAUGGUGGAGAUAUGUAUGAUUAUAUUAUGAAACAUGAAAAAGGAAUAGAAGAAAACAAAGCUAGACUUUAUUUUAGACAAAUUGUUGAAGCAAUAUCAUAUUGUCACAGACUACAUGUUGUACAUAGAGAUCUGAAGCCAGAAAAUGUUGUAUUUUUUAAGAAAUUAGAGUUGGUGAAAUUGACUGAUUUUGGCUUUAGCAAUAUGUUUAAUCCUGGAAACAAACUAGAAACUUCAUGUGGAUCAUUAGCGUAUUCAGCACCAGAAAUUCUCCUUGGUGAUUCAUAUGAUGCUCAAGCUGUUGAUAUAUGGAGCCUGGGUGUGAUCCUUUUCAUGUUGGUAUGUGGGAAGCCACCAUUCCAGGAAGUGAAUGACAGUGAAACCCUCACCAUGAUAAUGGAUUGUAAAUAUCAGUUCCCGCCACAUGUCUCACAGCCUUGCAGGGAUCUGGUAUCCCUGAUGCUGCGUCGAGAACCGGGAAAUCGUGCAACCUUGCAGCAGAUAGAAGAGCAUGACUGGCUGAAGACUGGUGGCGAUGAUAUACCACACUAUCAUAUGCCUCUCAUCUCCCGAGAACAGGUGUCCGAAGAAGAUCAUGUUACUGUUGUAGAUAAAAUGGUUGAAGGCUGUAUAGCAACCAAGGAAGAUAUAUUACAGUCACUUGAAAAAGACAUGUACAACCACAUUACUGCAACAUACUAUCUCUUGGCUGAGAGACGACUACGUAAACAUCGCGCAGACAUGGCCACUCAGGCAGCGCUUAUGCAGUUACGUAAACACUCUGCACCGCCAGGCAGUCAUCCCAAACCUCACCUUGAACCAUUAGCACUCUCACCACGGGUUUUGUGGUCACUAAGGACGAGGGAGAUCAAGAAGACGAAGACAGCUCCUAUAAGUCAGCUGGUCAUACCGGAAAGUCCGACUGAAGCUGGUGAAACAGACACAAGAAUUGACUACUUCACAACACUGACGGACAGCCAAACUCUCGAUCGCAGAACUAGAAACCGUACUUCAGUGAAAACAGCGCCCUCUAGCCCUUCCUUGGCAGUCCCGCACACAGUCAGACCAGUUUUCCCAAUGACAAAAAGCGUCCCUGAGAUUCAUGAACCUGUGCGACGAAAGAAAAAAUCUCGUGCAUUCUCGAGAAUAGCCAUCUUAAGUUCUUACUUUGAGCAAAAGAUUGCAGCUUUGUCCGGGAAUGGAAGCUCACAGAAGAAAACUGGAUGGAGGCUGCCAGGGUUUGCGAAGAAGAAAAGCAGAGUGAAGCAGAGAGGUGUAGUGAACUUUACCAAUAUUGAACCCUCGGCUAACAACUACGAGUGUAUUCAGACUAAAGAUGCUGAGUCAGCAGAGGAGAAGAAAGUACUCCCUAAACAGAAGGGGCUGGUUAUGUCUUUGCUGUCACCACAGGGCAUUCAUCCCGCCCCGUCAACUUCCAAAUGUGACAGUCCGCUUGGUCGCAAAUGCAGCUUGAUUAAGGAGGAAAGUGUCGAUGAAGAAAGCAGCCGAAGUGAGGAUGAGGAUCUAGAAAUAGAAUCCUACACUGACAAAAUACGAUCGUCGAAAUCGGCGGAAAAUCUCGACAUUGACGAUGAUCGUAGUAAUAAUGCCUCACCUAAUAAGGAACCAGAACAACAGCAGGUUUUCUUGAAGAGACCGUUACUUAGUGUCGCUAGUUCACCGCAGUUGUUGAACCAGAUCUGCGAAGAAAAUGAAUCUGAGGAAGAGGACGAUUUCGUACCGCCAAGUCUGAAUGCUUCUCGUCUACUAACAAAGAGAAAUAGUCUUGCUUCACCAGAAGUUAUUAGAAAGUAUGAAGCUCGUCGUAGACGUAAAGGAACUGGUUCGAGAGGCACAAGUUGCAGUAGUUCUGAUGCUAGUGAUACAGAUGACACAGAAGGUAGAUCUCGAAAAGAUAAACUGAAACAAAAAUUUGUUCAUCGACGAGACAGUAGUGAUCAUUCUAGUGAUACUGACGGAGGACCGAGUGGUCAUGGCAAUGGUGGAUUCGGUAAAGGACUGGGUGGAGGUGGUGAAGGUGGUGGGGGACCACGUAGAGAUGGCGACGAUAAAGGUGGAGGUGGUGGUAAAAAGGACGGAAAAGGCGGAAGUCCAAAAAGUGGUCGUAAUCAUCACGGUAAAGGCAAACAGAACAAUCUUAACUUUAAACUUGGUGGUGAACCAAUUCUUGAAAAUGGAAGAACAGUUGAACUGUCUAUAGGUUCAGAUAUAUCCAAUAGGAGUAUAGGGGGAAGUAGAAGUAGUUUAAAAUAUGUUAUAGAACGAGAUGAAAAUGUGUCUGACAGUGAUGCAGAGGAUAAUGCAGACAAUGAAAACGAUGAAGGUGUCUCUGAGAUUAAAAAACUAAGGGAAACACUUAUAGAAAAGUUAAAUCAGGAAAAUAAGUCAAGGAGUAGAAAACACGGAACAGACAUAAGUGAUUUUAGUUCUUUAAAAGGAGACUCGAAAAGUGAUAUCAAGAAAUUGAUUAUUGCUAGAUGUCCACCACACUGUGAUAUAAAUGGUGGAAAGAAGUCGAGCAGUCCAUUGAAGGUGAAGAUAGACAUCAAUAGCAACAUGUGUUGCAAACAACAGAGUUCUAAACAAAAUUCACAGCUGAAAGUAGAGGCAAAAUGUUGUUCUCUCGUCUGAUAUUGAUGUUAUUUUAAAAAGAAACAUUGUCUUUUAACUCAUCUGAUUUUUUGAAGAAAAAAAAAUGAGUUAUUGUCAUCACUUGAUCGGUGGCGGCAUCGGCAUUGCCUGGUUAAGUUUUAUGUUAAGGUCAAUUUUUCUCCUAAACUAUCAAAGGUAUUGCUUUGAAACUUGCAUCACUUGUUCACCACCAAUAGCUGACCCUGUACAGCAAGAAAUAUAACUCCAUCCUGCCUUUUGCAAGAAUUAUGGCCCCUUUUGGACUUAGAAAAUAUCAGAUUUCUUGGUUAAGUUUUAUGUUUAGGUAAACUUUUCUCCUAAAAUAUCAAAGCUAUUGCUUUGAAACUUGCAGCACUUGUUCACCAUCAUAAGCUGACCCUAUAUAGGAAGAAACAUAACUCCAUCCUGCUUUUUGCAAGAAUUAUGGCCCCUUUUGGACUUAGAAAAUCAGAUUUCUUGGUUAAGUUUUGUGUUUAGGUCAGCAUUCUCCUAAACUAUCAAAGCUUAGCUAUUGCUUUAAAACUUGCAACGCUUGUUCACCAUCAAAAGCUGAUUAUGUACAGCAAGAAGGAUAACUCCAUCCUGCUUUUUGCAAGAAUUAUGGCCCCUUUUGGACGUAGAAAAUAUCAGAUUUCUUGGUUAAGUUUUGUACAGCAAGAAACAUAACUCCCCACAUCUUUUUGCAAGAAUUAUGGCCCUUUUUGGACUUAGAAAAUCAUGGGUAGGACAAUAUUUCUAUUACACAGACAAAAAAAUCAGAUGAGCAUCUACACCCGCAAGGCGGUGCUCUUGUUUUUUCUGUUUCCUCAAGAUUAAGAAAAAAGGUUGAGUUUAAAACAACAGUCUGCAUUUUAAAUCCACAUUUUUAUCAUGUAAAUUCAAUAUUUUGCUAAAUAACCCAGGGCUUUUUUACAUAUGAAUGUGUUUUGAUCCAUGUUAGGAAAAGAA